UGACAAUUUUCCAUUGGCUUCAAAUGCAACACAAGCACUGUCUUGAUUUUCUCAUAACAGUGUGAUGUGUGCGGUCUAAAAUAUAGUUGCGUUAUUCGCACAGACUAGACUGCACCCAUGAAAAAGAGUGACGUAUUUUUUCAUCUCAAGGAUUUAAGAGCACACAACCAGACUUCCCCAAGUCCAGACAUGCCAGGUUCUGCAUCGAGUGAUCCUGGUUCAAAGGUAUUUGACCCUCAACAUUCCCAGAACCUCCUCAGAGUUCUUCGCACGUUCUGGCAAGAGCAAAGCUUCCAUGAUGCACUGCUGGUAGUAGACGGUGAGGAGCUUCCUGUUCAGAAAAACAUCCUGGCUGCAGCCAGCCCUUAUAUUAGGACCAAACUGAACUACAAUCCUCCAAAAGAAGAUGGGUCAACGUACAGGAUUGAGCUGCAAGGGGUCUCCAUGCCCAUUAUGAAACAGAUUCUGGACUUUAUCUUCAGUGGUGAAAUCACUUUAAGUGAAGGCACCAUCCAGGACAUGGUACAAGCAUCUGACCUGCUCCUCAUGACUGAGCUCAAGUUGCUGUGUUGCCAGUUCCUCGAAAGCUGCAUCACAGCAGAAAACUGUAUCGGCAUUCGUCUUUUUUCCCUCCAUUACUGCCUGCACCAUGUCCACUACACUGCCACAGAGUACUUGCAUACGCAUUUCCGUGAUGUGGCGCUCACAGAGGAGUUCAGGGAGUUGUCUCAUGACCGACUCUGCGAGGUGCUGGCUGAGGAGAAGCUUAACGUCGGUAAUGAGAAGCAUGUGCUGGAGGCUGUGGUGCGAUGGUUCAGCCACGAUCCAGACGCUCGCAGGGUUCACAUGAGGGAAGUGAUGUCUGCAGUGUGGUUGCAAGGCUUGGAUGCAAGCUACCUGAGAGAACAGGCCUUGGGGGAGCCGCUGAUGAGAGAGGUGAUUAGAGAGCACUGUCAGCCAGUGCUUGCGGAGAGUCAGCCACAAGGCGAAGCUCUUCUUGCUGCUUUCAAGCCUCGAGGUUACUCUGAGUGCAUUGUUGUUGUCGGCGGAGAGGAUCGUAGGACCAGGAAGCCCACAGCUCUGACUCGCUGCAUGUGUCCACUUUAUGACACCAAUCGACAAACCUGGAUUGAGCUGCAGCCUAUUAGCAUCGCCCGUAUCGGUCAUGGGGUGGUCUCUGCUGAGGGAUUUCUAUUUGUGGUGGGUGGGAGAGACGAGAACAACAUAGUCUUGGACACUGGUGAGAAGUAUGACCCAGAGUCCAAUACAUGGAGUCCCAUCCCCUCAAUGUUACAGACUCGGCAGAACUUUGGCGUGGUGGAGCUGGAUGGUCUCAUUUAUAUUCUUGGUGGGGAGAAUGCAGAAAGUGAACUGACCACGGUAGAAGUGUUUGAUCCUCACGUCAAAACCUGGAAGAUGCAGACCAGUAUGACCAUGAUCCGCAAGGUGGGUUGCUAUGCCUCCAUGAAUAAGAAGAUCUAUGCCAUUGGUGGCGGUUCCUACGGGAAACUUUUCGACUCGGUUGAAUCCUUUGACCCCAAAACCCAGCAGUGGACAGGCCUCUGUCCGCUCAAGGAGAGAAGAUUUGGAUCUGUGGCCUGUGGCGUCGGUAAGGAGCUCUACGUGUUUGGCGGUGUGAGAAGUCAAGAGAACGACAACCCGGAGCAACGGCACAUGAUGACCUGCAAGUCUGAAUUCUACCACGAUGAAAUGAGGAGGUGGAUGUUCCUAGAUGACCAAAACUUGUGUAUCCAGACCAGCUCAUCAUUCGUGUACGGUGCUGUUCCCAUCGGAGGCAGCAUCUAUGUGGUUGGAGACUUGGAUACCGGUACCAGUUUUGACUACAUCCGCGAGUUCCGUCGCAGCACGGGGACCUGGCAUCGUACCAAGCCCAUGUUACCCAGCGACCUCUCCAAAACAACCUGCGCUGCACUUCGGAUCGCCAACUGUCGUCUGUUCCGCCUUCAGUUGAGCCAAGGCAUGUUUCGAAUCAGAGUCUAAAUUGAGGAAGAGCAAAUGGGCUGCAGCUGUAUGUCUCACUCUGACUUUUGCACACUUGUAACAUCCAACCGCAUACGACAUGCUCGGGUUAAGAGAAUUGAUAAACACUGAAGUAAUGUUGUGGUUGUUUUAGGGAGACUUUUAUUUUAGAUUUUUUUUUUUUUUGCUGUGUACUGUAUAUGCUGCCUAACCUUUUGUGGGAUGAAUUUAUAAAUGAAAAAUAUUUACUUUUUUGGUUGAUGUGAUAUGGAACUAUUUGACCAUUCGAUUUUGUUAUUUUUUUUAACAGCUUGAAAUGGAUCCUUGCUUUUAUUGUAUUUAUUUUUCCUGGAGGUCUACUGCUAAAUGGAAGAAAUAGCAGUCGGGAUUUUUUACGGGGAAAGGAUCUGACAGGAUCAUACAUACAUAUCUUUUUUUUCACACUGGUUUUAUGGGCCAUUGAUCAUUGAUUUCAUCCUUUGGACGUCUGGAAGACUGGAGAAAAGACAAAAUUGGUUACAAAGACACAAAUUUGUCAACGUGGGGGAAUUCCUGAUUACGGGAACAAUGUUUGACCUGUAGUUUUUUUUGCACUUCUGAGUGGAACCAUCAUUUUCAGAACAUUGUUAAAUGCUAAAUGCUUUCCUCAGAACUUGUGUUUUCUGCAAUGUUAGCUGCUCUUUGUCUCAGUCGUUUGGGCAAAUCUUUUGAAUUGGCUCCAGUCGGAAAUACGUGAAUGCAACAUGUUCACUGUGAGCAAAAAGGAAUCUUUUGGGACAUUUCUGAGCCAUCACCUGGCAUCUUUCAUUCGAAAAAAAAAAUACUAAGUGGAAAAAGCUAGUUCUGGUUAGCGCAGUGGGCUAUUUGUUAACAUGUCUCCCCCGGUUGAAAGGUUCCAUGUUUGAAUCGUGUUGCCAGUCUUCCUUUGCAUCUUCUCACCAUGCUUGUGUGUUUUUGUUUUUGUCAAUGAAUACAUCUCGUAGCCCUGAUGGAACCAAAUUAGACUUUACCAAAAGUGCAUUGUGAGUUGUUGGUCUGGAAUUUUUUUGUUUGUUUGGGGGGCGGGGGCCUUGGUGUGACCUCUGACCCGCUAUUCCACUUGGUACAAUCGUACCCCGUUGCUGUUACUGUCUGAUCUCAUGUCACAGUCACGCAUGUAAAAAGUGGACUCACUCUCGGUAAGAGUGUACGCUGCAAUGGAAACGUGAUAUCGUAUAAAAGGACGACGGUACUCCCACCCCGAGAGACAUCAAAGAGGUAAAUGGCAAGAGUUGUGUCAUUUAAAACUUUUUCAUUCUGGUGAACAACAGGCCCGGUAGUCCAGCGGUUAGCACGUCGGCUUCACAGUGCAGAGGUACCGGGUUCGAUUCCAGCUCCGGCCUCCCUGUGUGGAGUUUGCAUGUUCUCCCCGGGCCUGCGUGGGUUUUCUCCGGGUGCUCCGGUUUCCUCCCACAUUCCAAAAACAUGCGUGGCAGGCUGAUUGAACACUCUAAAUUGUCCCUAGGUGUGGGUGUGAGUGUGAGCGUGGAUGGUUGUUCGUCUCUGUGUGCCCUGCGAUUGGCUGGCAACCGAUUCAGGGUGUCCCCUGCCUACUGCCCGGAGACGGCUGGGAUAGGCUCCAGCAGCCCCCGCGACCCUCGUGAGGAUUGAGCGGUUCGGAAGAUGAAUCAUUCUGGUGAACAUUAGCAGUAUUGUACAAACCAGGCGGGUAGGAACCACCUUAUGUUGUAUUCAUCGUAAAUCUCCUUUUUGCUGUCAUGUUUCCACUUUUCUGAACCAUAGAUUCCUGUUUAUUGCCAGAUUUAUACUCCUGAUUCCUCAACUCGCCAACCGAUAUAAAUUUGGAUUACCGCUUGAGUGAAAGUCGUGCGUCAAACUUAAUUCCGGAUUACAUCACUUACUACAUUUUAGUGCCAUAAUUUGAAGCAGUUAACUCCCUUUGGAGACAUUGCGGCCCUUUUUUACUACAUUUGCAGUGUACGCCCUUGAGAAUGCACUAAAAAAAAUUAUUUCCCAAGAAAUUUUAAGUGCGGCUAAGCUCGGGGGGGGGGGGGGGGGUAUUUUUAUAACCUUCACGAGUGCGCUUCUAGUAAAGCCAUUCAGCAAGUCCUUUCAUACGCUCUUCAACGUUGAUGGUUCCUUCUGUUAAUGAUUCAUUUCCUCUAUUAAUGUUGAGAACAACAUGACGUGUGUUGGUUAGAAUUAUGACUGGUGAACAGGGAACACUUUGUAAGAGCUUGUUAACAGUCCUGUCUCACCUGCUGUGUUGAAUGCAGUGGCUUACUGUACUGUUCUCCUAUAUCGGCACAUAAUUAUACGGCACGAUAGUAGAAAUCGAAUCUAAUAAUGAUCUUUUAAUCUGCAGAAAAAUAUUUGGCUGUUCAACAUGUAUGAACGAGUAUGUUUUGUAAAUUAUGGCCUGUGGUUGAUGUCAAGGGAAUUAAAGCACCAAAAAGACUUUAAAAA